AUGGCAAGGAGGCCUACAAGUAAAUAUGUGAGUAUUGAAGCAUCUGAAGAAGACUCCGAGCUUAGUCAAGAAGACUUAGACGAAGUCCAGGAAACGGUACUGCCUCGUAGGGACUGGACCAAACUUACACAAGAACUUGGGGAGAAGUAUGCAUCCAUUCCUGCGGAUGAGGAGAUUGAGGAGGAGGAAGAAACGAUUGAGCAUGAAAUCAAGCAGGCCAAUCUAGUCCCUAGAAACACAUCGCCAAGACUGUUCAUUGUAAGGGUCAAAAGAGGAUCUGAAAGGGAAAUCCUGAUGAAGAUUAUAGAAAACGACCCUAAAAACAUAUUUAGCAUAAUCUGUAAAGAUGGUCUAAAAGGAUAUCUUUAUAUCGAAGCCUUUCAGAAACAGCAUGUUAUUGAUGCCCUGGAUUCUCUCCGUGGGGUUAGUAGAAAUAGGGUGUCUGUUGUUCCUCAGAAAGAGAUGAUCGAGGCCAUAACAUAUCAUUCACAGAAGAUUUGUGGAGAAUGGGGAAGGAUAAGAAAGGGGAAAUACAAAAAUGAUCUUGUCAAGAUAAUUGAGUUUGAUGAAGAGAUGGUUAGAAUCAGGGCUAUUCCUAGAAUUGAUGGAGAGAAAAGGCUUUUUAACCCAGAGAAUUUCAAAAGUGGAAGUGUGAUAAAGUCCAGAGGAUAUUACAUAUAUAAACGAGACACAUAUGUGGAUGGAUUCCUGGAAAAGGACGUGUUAAGGAGUAGCGUAGAUUUUGAUGUAGAACCAACUUUUGAGGAGCUUGAAGAGUUUCAGGAAGUCUGUCCUAUAUCUGUUGGUGACAAGGUUAGAGUGACUCGGGGUGAACUUAUAGGAAUAAAAGGGGUUGUUCGAAGCAUCAAUGGAAGUAUUGCCGUAGUAGAAAGCAAUGAUGGGAAGUUUGAGGUCCAGAGCUCUGGACUCAUGAAGCACUUUGAUAUAGGUGAAUCUGUGUCUUAUAAGGGGGAAAAUGGAGUGGUUGUGAAGGCAGAUAAGAGGGAAUAUGUAAUUGCUAUAAGGGACUUUACAGAAGAAUUAAAGGUCAGCAUUGAUGAUCUGAAGGGGCCUGUUGCAGCCAGUGCUAAGAAUGAAAAAAUCAGUGGAUAUGAACGAAAGAAAAUUAGAAGAGAUCCAUUGAUUAAUAAAGAGGUCCAAAUACAAUCUGGAGAAUAUAAAGGCCAUAGUGGUGUGGUCAAAGAAGUCGAUAGGAAUAUGUGCAGGAUCCAGUUGAACUCUAAUAUGAAGUUUGUAAUUAUGGAAAAGGAUUUUAUAACUGUCCCUUCAAGAGAGAUUUCAAAUAGACCUCCAAGAUAUACUGGGUUGACUGGAUCCAGAACUCCAGGCUACAAAACACCUGGAUAUAAAACACCUGGGUAUAAGACACCUGGUGCAUAUUCUCUUGAAGAUACUGAUAUCGAUUGGAUUGCUGAAGAAAAUAAUCCAUACAAAGGUGCGUUGAUUCAAGUUCUUGGGAAGGAGUUGGUUCUUGAGGAUUGUAAGAACAGCCUGUUUAUAACAAAAGACAAGACUUUCUCUGCUGAGGAAGUUUCGUUUGUUCAACCCCAGAAAAAUGAUCUUGUCUGCGUACUCGGAGGUGAAAAAAAAGGGACCUGUGGAAUUCUAAUAGCAAUCAAUGGAGAUUUCGGAGUUAUAAGAUCUACGAAUGGGCCUGUUGUGCAUCUUCCUUUAGAUCAGCUUUCAAGAAAGAUUUAUUGA